AUAAUCCGUGGUUGCGCCUAUCAUGGCGGCAGAAGUAAGGUGUUUUGUUAAAGUGUUGUGUACUUUCGUGAUUUUGUACUCUAUAGAAGUUCCUGUACAUGGAGAGAAAGAGCCAGUGGUGAAUACAAUUUCAUUAUUAAAUGUGACAUUAAUUACAAAUGCAGACAACGAAUAUUUUAGAAAAUUACUAUUAGAAUUUAAAGGCAACAACUUUUUUCCUGGGAUGGCUGUAGGAUCUACAUCAUAUCCUCAGAAGAAAGGUACCGAGUGUGUGAGUGUAAAUGAUUCUGGUGCUGAACCAUCUACAUUCAGUUUAGUGUGGCUAACCCAAACUGUUGCCCAUAUGACAGCCAUUCUUCCCGCCGAAAAUGAAUCCAUUAUCUAUCUUUGCGUGAAGACAGUUCACAUUGUGGCCUUAAAUUCUGAAAAUAAUAUGUUUGGUGGUGAAGUGAUUAAGUGGGUUCACCAAGGUGAAGAUGUGGUGUUACGGACAGGCAGUCAUCUUGACAAACAUCUCGUGUCCAGGAUGAAGCGCAGCCCAUCGGUUGAUGACGGGGGAUGGCCCUUGAUGACGGACCGCCAGUCUGGGUCUGCAGUCCCUGUGCUGAAGGUGAUUGGCCUGCGUGUGGAAACUGCCGACCGUGACCCCACGUACGAUGUUGAUGGUGUACCAGUGCUGCUGGCGCACUCUCAGGCAGUGUUGCGCAUAUUUGGCACUGGCUUCAACAACUACACACGCAUCACAGUGACCCAGAGCCCUGUUGUCCUUGAUGACCGCUGUGAGUUCCCUGUGGAGGGUGAUUUCCCAGUUGAGGCCGACAGCCUGUCUGAGUUUUCAGCGCUUGUCAGAUUCCGUGUGCCUGGGGUCAGUAGGCCAGGAUCCUCAUACUAUGUGUGCAUAAAGAAUGGCUUGGACCCCACUGCACAAUACUUGCACCAAGGCACCAAGUCCUGGCUGGCACUCCGCUCUUAUGAGAAAUUGCUGCCAAAAUGGAUGUCUGUUGUCAUCAUCGUAGUAUGCCUCACUUUCUCUGCGCUUUUUUCAGGCCUGAAUCUUGGACUGAUGUCAAUGGAUCAGACAGAACUCAAGAUUGUGGCAAAUACUGGCACAGAAGCAGAGAAGCGUUACGCACGUGCCAUUAUGCCAGUGCGGAAGACAGGGAACUAUCUUUUGUGUAGCAUCCUGCUGGGAAAUGUGCUUGUCAAUUCAACACUUACUAUAAUUAUGGAUGACUUAACUUCAGGUCUCGUGGCUAUCAUUGGCUCGACACUUGCCAUAGUUAUCUUUGGUGAGAUCUGCCCCCAGGCAAUCUGUUCACGCUAUGGGCUAGCAGUUGGAGCCAAGACAAUUUACAUCACACGUCUCGUGAUGGUCGUCACAUUUCCACUCUCCUAUCCCAUAAGCAAGUUGCUGGAUCGCAUUCUGGGUGUGGAACUGGGCAAUGUGUACAACAGGGAACGUUUGAAGGAGCUUGUCAAGCUGACAACAGAGUACAAUGAUUUGGAACGUGAUGAGGUGAACAUCAUCUCAGGAGCUCUGGAGCUUAAGAAGAAAAUAGUGAGUGAAGUGAUGACCCGUUUGGAAGAUGUCUUCAUGCUGGCAUAUGAUACCAUCCUUGACUUUGAGACUGUGUCUGAGAUCAUGAAGCAAGGCUAUUCCCGCAUUCCAGUCUAUGAGGGGACACGUUCCAACAUAGUGACAGUAUUGUAUAUCAAAGACCUGGCCUUUGUGGACCCAGAUGACAAUACACCACUACAGACGCUGUGCAAAUUCUACCAGAACCCAUGCAACUUUGUGUUUGAGGAUACAACACUGGAUGUAAUGUUCAGACAGUUCAAGGAAGGUAUAAAGGGGCACAUGGCCUUUGUGCAUCGUGUCAAUUCAGAAGGGGAGGGAGAUCCUUUCUAUGAGACCAUUGGACUUAUCACGCUUGAGGAUGUCAUUGAGGAGUUGAUACAAUCUGAGAUUGUUGAUGAGACGGAUGUGUGGACUGAUAACAGAUCCAAGCGUCGCAGGAAUGAGAAGAUGACAAAGCAGGACUUCACUAUUUUUGCAGAGCGACGUGAGAACCAGCGGAUCUAUAUUUCCCCACAGCUGACAUUAGCUACUUUCCAGUACCUGAGCACUGCGGUGGAUGCCUUUAAGCCAGACAUCAUCUCAGAAACAAUCCUGCGGAGAAUGCUGAAGCAGGACGUGAUCUAUCACAUCAAGGUGAAGAACCGUGACAAGGCCCGCAAUGACCCGCAGACUCUCAUAUAUUCACAGGGUAAAGCAAUAGACUACUUUGUGCUGAUCCUGGAGGGGCGCGUGGAGGUGAUGGUGGGAAAGGAGAAUCUGGUCUUUGAAAGUGGGCCCUUCACAUAUUUUGGGACACAGGCCCUCAUUCAGAACAUCGGUAUGGUGGACUCACCCACCUCACCCACGCCACAGAACAUGGGAAGCCUUCAGUCUGUGAACUUGGAUGCAAUGUUGCGACACACAUUCAUACCUGACUACACUGUACGUGCCAUCACAGAAGUAUUCUAUGUGCGCAUCAAAAGAUCUCUGUACCUUGCUGCAAAGCGUGCUACACUAAUGGAGCGUGCCAAGAAAGGCACACAAGGAGAGGAUCAUUUUGAUGAUGAAGUGGAGAAGCUCCUUCACUCAUUGGAUGAGGAUGAUCAUAGCCAGGGACAAGUAGACUCACCAACUCUAAGUCGAGCUGUGAAGGAUGCAUGUCACCACCACUUGUCAGAGAGUGAUAGGGAAGCUCUACAGCGCUCCAUCAUGACUUCUGAGCGGAGCACUGCGGCCCUUGGGAAUGAUGUGAGUGUGUUACAGUCCCUCUCGACCAGCAGUGGGUCAGUGCAUGGCCCAAGCAGUCCGGGGGGUAGGGCUUCUUCCCCAGGUGCAGAGCACAAUGGCAAUAUAAGGAGUAAUCGUGGAGAACGUCCGCAGAGCCCAGCCAGAGAGGACAGACCCCUGCUGUGUGACAAGGAAGACAGAGUGAUGCCCGAGGAGCGGACUGUUCUCUUUCCAAGUGGUGGUGCAAGCAGAUGCUAACACACAGAUGGAUAUAUGUUUCUCCUCAGGGCCAUUGUUUUAGGACUGAAUGGAAGAGUUCAUUGCAGGAAAUAGCCCUGUAUGAGAGCUCUGAUACAAAAUGGUUGCCCUGCAUAAACUCUGUGACUGGCAGACUGGUUCUAUAUAUAGUAGAGCACCUGAUUACUGAAAUAUUAUUUUAGAGGAUGUAAGCAUUUUCCUAGUUAUCUAAGAGCUCUUGUAGACAGGAUUAGUUCCUCUGGGCUCUGCUCCAAAAGGAAUCCGGCCUUGCAUUUCAUCACAUCGAAAAUGUUGACCUACUUAAUUUCCUCAGUAGACAUUGCCUCCGGGCAACUGACUUAAAGUUUGUUAUUUUUUAAAUUCAUUUCCAGUCCUACUUUUAGUUUUAUAUGCAUUGUUUUAAUUUCCAUCAUCCAGUGGGUGAGGUGCCAGCAUACCACCCAUGACUUAUCACAGCUUCCAGCAUCUGAUAACAUCGGAAUUGACCAAGUUUUGUGUCUUGUGUUUUCCAUUACAAAUAUAGGUUAUUUCUGAUAAAAUGUGCAAGUGUUAGUCUUGUUCGUUUAAACUGAACUUCGUCAGAUCUGCUGGAAUGAUAAGCAGUGUGAACAUUUUCUAUAAAUUGAAGGCAGCCAUUCCAUGUCCACUGAUUGGUCAUAUUAGGAAUGUGUUUGAAGAGAACAUGUACAUAGUUGAAACAGAAGUACCAAUUCCCACAAGAACUGAAAGCUCUUAACAAAUUGCAGAUGAUGAUAAUGGCCAGUGUUAGAGAAAAAUUGUGAAUUAAUAAUUGUCUUCGCAGAUUGACCCAUUGGCUGGUGACUGAUCCUUGUUGUUAACAGUGAUGAUGUGCUGCUGCUUGUUUUAAAUUCAUCUGUACCCCGGAUCACACUUCUUUCAAGUGUUGUAAUGCCUGCAUAUGGCUGAUUUAAUGUGUUCAGUAAGCAGUAUCUUUGUGCCUUCUUAUUUUAGUGUUUUAACCACUUUUUGGUACCUGUAUAUACCCCUGAUUUUCUUCUUCCUAUCACUUCUGUUAUUUGUUUUGGGCAAUUCAGUUCAUAUGUGGUUGAGUUAUCUUAUUCCUUAUGUCCUUCUGAUACAUUUACUGCUGCAUGAUGGUCACUGUAUUGUCUCUGUAUAUAUGACAUUUUAAUUUGUUUUUCUUUUUGUAUGGUUAAAGCUUAAUUUACACGGGAGAUGCUAAUUUGUCACAUUCCUUCAUUCAUUUUCCAUUCUAUCUUCUUUUUUUUUUUUUUUCAUAUUUAAUUUGUUGAGAGAAAUCAGAUUUGCUGCACUCUGAAGUAUCACAUAACAUGGGGAUACAUUUGUCUUGCAUGGAACUUUGCAUAUAGUUCAGUAUUGCAUGCACCAAACUCAGAAGUCAGUGUGCUGCCUCUAGUUUGCUUUCACUAGAAAACUUGUUGUGGUAAAGGUGUAUGAAGUGGACAAGGAGAAUUGAAUCUGAAAAUGAAAGGCAUGUGCUGUCUUGCCCACUGGAUGAUAUAUGUUAGUAUUAUGUGAUGCAUUUGUUGGUGUCCAGUGUGCUGCAUGCUGUGUGAAUAUAAUAUAAAAUGCUCUUCCCUCUGCCUGAUCUCACCCUGUUCUAGCGACAUCACUUUGUAACUAGUACUCAGAGUACAAACGUGUUACAGCACAUUGGACUACUUGUUGGUUUGGUACACAUGUAUUUUAAAGUUCUUAUGUUUUAGUUGGAAAGUCCCAUGUUGUCUGUCAUUAGUUAAUUAGAAUUUUGUAUGCACAUUUAUAAGUCAGAAGUGAAGCUCCUGCACCAGAGUGCUUUUCCUGUUUAUGGUGACAUUAAGGCAUCCUCAAUAGCAUAAUCCUGUCCUGUGCUAGACAGAAGAUUCAGAAUUUCAUCAUAUUAGGAAGUUGAGUUUCUGUCUCAGAAGCCUAAUGUCAUAUUGUAUAACCCUUUCCCAAGUCUAGUGCUGUAGUCGAAUAUUUAUUGUUGUGCCAUUUUUAACAUCUAUAUGAAUUACAUGCAAUUGAAAACCAGCUUUUUAGAGUCUGCCAGAACAUACAGGACUCGCAGGACCAGGCAGUUCACUGCCACACCUUUCGAGAACUGGCAGUUCCUCACAAGUAAAUGUCUUAUGCACUAGAUCAACACCUGUUAUAAUAUUCCUUGAAUUUUAGUAUGGUUUUUUAAUCUGCCAUUAAAAGUCAAAUGUUAAUGCACUUAGGAUGACAGUGCUCAUACUCUUUGAGUUAGCAGUGAAAGAGUUAGAUAAUAAAACAAUUACUUAUUUAGGUGGUGUAUUACUGUACCAUAAGAGUGGCAGCAAUUCUGCACUGAAGAUAGGAACAGUGAUCUCUGUGGUAUAGGUUUCAGGCUAAGUACAAAUGGUCACAAAGAAUUAUGAAAUCUGUACUAUUAAUGAAUUGUUGGUUGAAGAGGGAGAGAGUUGCACUGUCCUAGUCUCGACUGUCCUACAGGUAGCUGUGGUUCACCAUAUUACACAGCAUACUGUGACUUGCUUUAUUGGCAUGCAUCUCUGUCCCUCCAUUGCUGUACAUUUUGAGAGCAAUAAAUAGCACAUACAGAGCCCUG